GGACGGACGUCGAGAACCGACGUUUUUGAAUCAGUUUAUUACAAUGUCAAGAAAGCAAGUGUUCCUGGCUGUGGUGGCCUGCUGGCUAGCUGUCGUUCUCGCACAGGAUGGAAUCAAAGGCUGGCGAAAAGGAGGCGGUCAGGUCGUACAGAUGAUCAGCUUCAAUCAAACCGAACCGAUGAAGGAUGAUCGCCCAAGCGGAAACAUGAUGAUCGAUCUCACCCGCGGCAAUGGUUCCCAAAGCGCGCUGGAUAAAUUCAUGAAUAAGACGAAAAGUCAAAUUCCGACGGGUGUCUGUUUCGAAGAAGUGCCCACCGCAAGCUUACUGCAUCCGAAUACCAAAGUAGUUCCAGCUGGGAAUGGCUCAGAUCCAUCGCUAAGUCGAAUUCAGGUUUGCUGUAAAGGUUACGAACGAAACGUUCAUAAUUUCCGCAAAUGUGAUCCCGUCUGUGAGGAACCUUGCGUCAACAGUUUGUGCGUUGGUCCGAACACCUGUUCUUGCUAUCCGGACUUUGUGAAGAACCAGCAGGGAAAAUGUGUGCCGACCUGUCCGAUCGGUUGCGAUAACGGUGAUUGUGAUUUGGGGCUACAAAUCUGCGUCUGCAAGGAUGGUUACGAAUUGGAUGAAACGCAUAAGUUUUGCGUUCACAGAUGCACUGGAGGCUGCGGAGCAGGUCGAUGCGUAGGAGUGGAAAGAUGUGAAUGUGACGAAGGGUACGGCCUGGACGAGGAUGGAAAGUGUGUUCCAAAGUGCGAACGGGGCUGUACCGGUGGUGACUGUGUUGCCCCCGGAGUUUGCCAGUGUCGGCGUGGGUACGAAGAAACCGAAAAUGGGUGCGAACCGGUGUGUUCAAAUGGAUGUUUCAAUGCAAUUUGUACAGCACCCGAAACUUGCACCUGCAAGCCAGGCUACGCCGCAACAGCAUCAUCGAACAAAUGCGAACCAACUUGCGAUAAACCCUGCCUGAAUGGAGACUGCACCGGAGCCAAUACAUGCACUUGCCAUCGGGGUUACAUCUUGGAUGAGACCAAUCAAUUCAAAUGCCUUGCCCACUGCCCCAACGGAUGCCCGAACGGCGUCUGCUCUGGACCGAACAUGUGCUUGUGCAAUGCCGGCUUCAUCAAGGACCGCAGCCUGAAGGGAAGUCAAGCCUGUAUCAAGCGCCCCGAUCUGCUGAUACCGAUUACUCGCGACGGCUCCCGCCCCACCCUGGAAUAUGUACGCCGAAAUGGCCGAAACGUGCUGGUUGCUCGCAACAAAUGCUGCCGCGGCUACGUACGUCAGAAGCACAAAUGCGUCCCGGUUUGUACACAGCCUUGCGAGAACUCCAAGUGUACCGGACCGAACUACUGCACCUGCAACGACGGCUACAGACAGCUGUCGAACUUCAGAUGCAUUCCCCAUUGCGAAAGCUGUGACAAUGGAUUCUGCAUCAGACCGGGGUUUUGCCAGUGCGACUCCGGCUACCAGCACGCGGAAAACGGUAGCUGUGUAGCGGAGUGUAACAACUGCGAAAACGGAUACUGUUCGGAACCGAACGUUUGCCGUUGCCAGGAGGGUUACACUCUGGGAGGAUCGGAGGAUCUUCGAGUUUGUGAACCAUUUUGCGACGAUGGCUGCCCGAAUGGUAAAUGUACUGCUCCGAGUGAGUGUACCUGUCUGGAGGGUUUCAUCCUAAACGAGAACGGCCAAUGUGGACCCGUGCCGACUACCACGACUCCCGAACCUUGUGAACCUGGGUUCGAAGAAAUUAACGAAGAAUGUAGACCGAUUUGUGACAGAGUUUGUGUAAACGGGGAAUGUACGGCUCCAAAUCAAUGCACUUGUUAUGCAGGAUACUCAAACGAAAAUUCAACGUACUUUGAGUGCCAACCGGUGUGUUCAAAUGGGUGCUUGAACGGAGAUUGUUUGGAACCGGGUAGAUGUAACUGCCACAAGGGUUAUGGGAAAAUUGCCGACGAAUGUAUACCACUGUGCGAUCGCUGUUCGCUGGGACACUGCGUCCGUCCGAAUGAAUGCGUCUGCGAUCGUGGCUAUGAUCUGAUCGACGGCGACUGCGUUCCAAUUUGCGAGGAGGAAUGCCGGAAUGCGCGCUGCACCGGACCGAACUCGUGCACGUGUCUUCCGGGGUACAACUAUACGGAUAUCAAUUCACUGUUCGAGUGUCUGCCGGUUUGUGAAGAUGAAUGCCCGAACGGGGUUUGCGUGGCUCCCGAAACGUGUGAGUGUAAUCCGGGAUUCAUCAAGGACGAAGAAUCCUGUGUGGAACCUCUGGAGGUGUGCCGAGCCAGAUGCAUAAAUGGCAUCUGUGACAAAGAGGCGAAGUGCGUUUGUAACCGCGGUUACAUUUUGAAUAUGAUCGGAUUGUGCGAAAAGACCUGUCCGGAUGGUUGUAUUCAUGGGGAGUGUAUCGGCGGGGAGUGUUUGUGUAACGAAAAUUACCGGUUGUCGCUGACGAAUUCCUCGGUGUGUGAGCCGAUUUGUGAUGAUGACUACGAGUAUGAAAACGGGUGCUACAAUGGCCGGUGUGUUGAACCGAAUGUUUGUCAGUGCGAGGUGGGGUACACUUUUAUCGACGGAAGUCGAACGCGAUGUCAAUCGAUUGUGGAGCUCCAACUGGAGAAGGAACGACAGCAGAAACAGCAGCUGUGUCUGCGGGAAUGCCGCAACGGAGUGUGCGAACAAGGUUACUGUCAGUGUGAAACCGGUUACGUUAAUCCGGAGAACCUGAAUCAUCGAUGUGUUCCCCUAUGUGAUCCCAUCUGCCGGAAUGCAACCUGCGUUGAACCAGAUCGCUGUGAAUGUCAUCAAGGUUACGAGUUUUACAAUGACAGUGUUUCAGUUUGUUUCCAUGAAGACGAUGUUAGACGAUUCCAGAUUCAAUUGAAGCAAGAUCAUUGUGAAGAUAACUGCCGAAAUGGGUUCUGUGAAGAAGGGAAGUGUGUUUGCCCGGUAGGGUUCGUUCCAUCGGUGAAUGAUGAAUUCAACUGUCAGCCAUAUUGUGAGAAACCUUGUCUUAACGGCGUUUGUGCUGGUAACAGUCGAUGUAGGUGCUUCGAAGGGUACAAGAACGUAAAUGAUGGCAGUACCUGUGAACCAGAUUGUGAACAAGAAUGCCUCAACGGACACUGCGUUGGUCCCAAUGAAUGCGAAUGUAAUUCGGGAUAUGUUUUCGUCGAGGGUAGCAAGGUCGAUUGUGAAAAAGCUCUUUCGAAACAGGAGCUGAUCGCUAAAGAGAAACAAAAGACGUGCAAAGCCAAGUGUAAAAACGGCAUUUGUGUAGAGGGGGUUUGUAAGUGUUCUGAAGGAUACUAUAAUGCUGACAAAUCGAAGAUGACCUGCGAACCGUGGUGUGAACUAGGUUGUACGAAUGGUCAGUGUGUAGAUAGUGGGGUUUGUGUUUGUAACGAAGGUUAUGAAUUACAAAAUAGCCACGACUGUAAACCAAUUUGCACAGAAGAUUGUGUGAACGGUUUUUGUGGAGCACCAGAAAGGUGUGAUUGCUCUCCAGGAUACAGAAGAACACUCGAUGACAUCAUAUGUAAGCCAGAUUGCGGUGUUGGAGGAUGCACGAAUGGACACUGUGUGGCUCCUGAUAUUUGUGAAUGCUUCGCAGGAUAUCAGCAAAAUGAGGACGAUUCAAUCAAAUGCGACUUAAUUCCGGAGAUAAUUUACAAAGUCGAUAGCCAAAGCAACUCCCUGAUGUACAACGUAGCCUACGUCAAGUACUUCAUUCCACUGGCGGUGAUAGCGACACUUAUAACGGCGGCGAUCGUGACGAUGAUCGUACUGCGCAACAAAAAGAAAGACUACCACGUCGGCAAACUUGAGACGAAGGAAAACUGUGUCUACUUUAUGCCGCAACCGCCGGACUCGACGAAAGACGACGAGGACAGAUUUAGUGUGUAAUAGGUUGAAACGGCGAACGUGUAAAUGAAAGUCAUCGAGAGCAAAUGUAAAUAUUAGUCCAUAGAUUAUGGUAAAUCUUUAGUAGUAAUAAAAAAACGCACUGUUUUUAAU